AUGCCUACGUCCAAGGCUCCGCCGGCAAGGCAUCGCCUCACUUUGGCGCAAUUGUCGGCUUAUGAUGAUAUCUUGACUGAUGCGCUGGUGGAUCAUGUAUAUUACUGGACUACUGUUCCCAAGAAUCGCCCAUCCUAUCAUCCCUCGCGGGGUGUAUCAGAAGAUGCGAUAGCGAAGAUUAUUCAGGAUGAAGUGGUUCUAUGGCAGGAUAUGGCAGCGGCAGAAGAGAAACUACUUGCGACAGAUGGACUGAGGAGGUUUCUCAACUCGUUGAGGACGGACAAAGAAAAGGACGAUUUUAAACGCCAUUUGCGACGCUACUUGCAGAUUUAUCUGCCCGAUUGCCCUUGGGAAGUCAGCUCCACCAAUCGAUAUACGAUCGUAUCUCACGAGGCUAGCAUUACAGCCAGACGGUACAUCAAGCGCAACGAAUCAAUCAAGUACCUGUCCGGCAUUCAAGUCGUUAUUACAGCUGAGGAAGAGACGGAGAUUGCGGCACGCAAGAAGGACUUCAGCAUGGUAGUCAGCUCGCGGAGCAAAAGCACGAGCUUGUUCAUGGGCCCGGCUCGAUUCGCAAACCACGACUGUGACGCGAAUGCCAAACUAAUGACGACUAGCAACGCUGGGAUUGAGAUUGUUGCUAUACGGCCUAUUGAGGCUGGAGAGGAAAUCACUGUCACGUAUGGUGAGAGCUACUUUGGAGAGGAUAACUGUGAGUGUUUGUGUGGGUCGUGUGAGAAGGGGUUGAGGAACGGCUGGGAGCCUGAAGAGGGUGCUACCAUAGUCCAGGCAAGUGUGGAAGAGGACAGACCUGAGACGUAUGCUUUGCGACGCCGAAGACGAGAGGAUAGUGUUGGUGGAUCUCGCACUCCAUCUGUUACACCAGGUAUCCGACCGCGGGUUCUUAGAACCAAGGCCAAGAUCUCGCGACUCAGUAACGCGCACGACUCUUCUGCGGCUGCAUCACCAGCGCCAGGCACACCGAGCGGACGAAAGAGGAAUGCGGACGCAAUGGCAACGCCGCCUAUUACACCAGCUAAGAAACUCAAACACACCAUUGAGCCUGUACCAGACAUUCCCGUGUCGCGGGGCAGUUCUGUCAGUGGAAGUACGUCCUCAAGUAAUGAAGAAGCUAUCGAGACAGACGUCACUUCACCUGAGAAGGACAGCCCCGAACCGAUACCUGAAACUCCAAUGAAGGGGCCGGCGACUCUGCGGGAGGAGACCAACUCCCGCAAAGAGGGCGAUACAAUUACAGCUCUUGCGCCCUUCUCACCCGAAAGUGUGCAAUGUCAACAAUCACCACCAUCAUCCCAACCACUCAGGUCAGAGGCCAAUACUAUGUCAAUAUCUGCCAUUCUCAACACGCCGAGCAGUUCAGAGCGGGAAAUUGUUGUCCCCAUUUCGGUGAGCAUUGAGACUGUCGAAGUCACCGAGGUCGCUCUGGAAACCGAUGAAGCAGUACAGCCUCGGCGUAAGAACAGACGACGCAGUUUUACCAAGCAAGCAUCGCCCCCCGCCAAGAUGCGCACACCUGGCGAUUAUGUCCUGACACCCUUACUACUAUCCGAGCCGGAAAUGGCUUGGAUUCAAUGCACCAUUUGCAAUGAAUACUUUGUACAGCAGAACGCGUACUUUACCCGGUCGGCGUGUCCUAGGUGCGAACGACAUUCGAAGUUGUACGGGUACAUGUGGCCCAAGACGGAAAAGGCUGGGCCAUCGGACAAGGAAGAGCGAAUUUUGGACCACCGGCUUAUACAUCGAUUCUUAAACACAAAUGAUGAGCGCAAGGCCCGAGGCAGGAAGUGUCUGCCUGAGAGGGAGGAGACAGACGAGCCGAGUGAACCAAGUGAGCCUGAGAGAGGCAGGAGACUACAACGUGGUCCGGCCAAGAGGAAAGGUUCGAAUGAGGAAGUUCGCGACUUGGUGGUAGUUAAGAUCAAGGAAGAUGUAUCGGGCCUACGCCGGAGCGGGAGAGCGCGGAGGGUGAGCAGCAAGCUAGGCGAGUAG